AUGGAGCCUCUGAGUUUUCGUGCUGCAGUCCUCAUUUGCCUGGGAGUCUUUUGGGCUCAGACUUCUGCAUUGAACACCUUUGUCCUGCGAGAUCCUGUCAGCAACUAUGUCACUGGGACCAUGACCAUCCACAAUGAGGAGCACAUCGUUGAUGUCCACGUCCGCUCUGGUGUCUACUCCUCUGACACCAUUUUUGACUACAGACAUGGGUAUAUUGCAACCAGGUUAUUUUCACGAAAUGCCUGCUUUAUCAUGAAAAUAAAGAAGGAAUUUAUGCCAGAGCUGAACGAGAUUGGACAUCUGGCUUUUGAGAGAGAGACCAUGAAGAAUGUAUACUCUCCAAAUAAUGUGUGGGCCCAGUUCCAACCUGGCAGUUCCAGGCUGGGGGAUUUUCAAGACUGGGUUCUCUAUGGAAAACACAUUGAAAAUCUCUGCACGGGGCUGCCUCUCUACGAGCUGGUGGCCACUGAACCACUAACGAAUGUUGAUGGCUGUGCCAGUGCUGGGAUUCCAAGCAUUUUGGGCCUUAAAAUCUGUGAAGAACUCAUUGCAACUGGAUCUUGACAUUUCUGCUGCAAGGAAAUGCCUUUUUGCAUGUUUUAGUGAUGGUAACCAUGUUCUCCAG